AUGGCAAUGGAGUCAAAAGUACCCGGAGAAGAGGAAAUUGACUGUGACAUGUGUGAGGAAUGUGGAAAAUUCAUAAUCAACCGGGAGGCUCUUCUCGAGAAUGCUCCAAAGGCUGCUCCGAAGGCGAAGAAGGUGACGUCACCGACACCAGAAGCCGUGCUGAUUCAGAUGGUCCAUGAGAAGAUGAAGGCAGAAAAAGCCAAACGUCGUCGUGAGAAGAACAAGAAGGUUUCUGGAGCGACUCCAAUUGUCAUGACACCCGCCACUCAGAGCCCCAUGCUUCUAUUCGAUGGGAAAACUAUCCGCCGACAAUUUCAGCCUGCGGAGACGCUGACCCUGGUUCGUGAGUGGAUCGAGAAGCAUCACCCACGGACGGUCUUCACCGAGGAUUGA